UAUAUAAAGUUUAAAGAAAAAUAGUAGAUAUUUCAAUUAAGACUUAUGAAAAUGUAUUGUUAAAAUUACAUAUAUUAUAGAAAGAUAAAAAACAAUGAAAAUGAAAUGAUUAAAUUUCAAAAUGUUAAAGUUCAUAUAUUUUUGUUUAUUUUUACCUUCAUGGUGAAUGUGGUGACGCAUAAUUUCAUAUCCUAAAUAAAUGGAGCAUAGUUUAUUAAGUUGGUUUCUAUUAUUUGCAUAAAAUUUUUCUAAUGUUUCCAGCCAGUAUUGUCAUAUUACAAAUCUUGUGCACGAUCAUAUUUGGAGCAGAAAUACAAAAUGAAAACAAGAAUACUAAAUCCAUUCAAAAUAAGAAUGCCGGUCAUCCGAACAUAUCAGGCAUAUCAGUAUUAGGUUCUAUAUAUCGUAAUACCCGCCAAGCCAGAUGUUAUAGGUGUUAUGAGGAAGGGUAUUCUCGUUACUAUGAUGAUGGGCGAGGUCAUUAUAACCCAUCUAGUCGUAGCUAUAGCAGUAAUUAUGGCGACGAUAGAAAUAGCAACUGGUAUACAGGAUCAUAUGAACGAUACGACGAUCGGGCUAGAUAUUAUGAUGAUCGAUACUCCGAUCGACAUCAACAGAGAAAUGAUUACUACAAUAGCGACCGAUACCGUUAUAAUGAUAGAACUUAUGAUAAAUAUGAAAGAUAUAACUCUAAUCGAUACGAUCGUGAUCGUUACUACCCGUCACGGACCUAUGAUAGAUAUGAUCGCCCUCGUGAAUAUGAUGAUCGCAACAAUGGUUACGGCAGAGAUCGAUAUUAUGAUCGUUACGACAACAGAUAUCUUGAACGUGAUGAUCGAUAUCCGCCAUCUAGUUUUGGUGGGUAUGAUGGUGGAUACAGAGUUAGUUAUAGACCAUAUGAUGAUUAUAGAGGACAAUCGGCAAUUGAUACUUCUUCUGGCCGUGGGUACUGGUUUGCUGAUCGAACAUACAAUGAUAGACGGGAUAGUAGUUCACCGUUACCUCAUGGUGGUUCCCAUUAUUUACCAAAUAACGAUCAACCACCACCGCAUCCAUUGCAGGAAGGUUCAAACGUUAACAUCACAUCUGGGCAGCCUAGUCGUGAUUACGAAUAUAAAAGACCACAAUCACAUAGUAAUCAACAAUCACCAAAUAGUAACGAUGGAUACGCUGGUGGUUGGAGUUAUUCUAAUGAUAGAGAUAAAAGUAAUAAUAAUAUAGGUUAUAAUCAAAUUGAUAGAGAUAAAGAUAUUAUGAGCUCUCCCUAUGGUAGCAGAGGUCGACCUUUAAGUGGCAGUUAUUUACAUGAUCGUGAAUCAAACGAUCCUUCAAAGGCUGAGAGUCAACCAAAUGAAAGUAGUAGUAAAAAGCCAGAAGGACAAACAAAUAAUGAUAAUUCAAGUCGAAUUGACAAUAAGAAUGGUCGAAAUAACUCAGAAAAUAAGAGUAAAACAUUAUAGGUCAAUUUAACAAUUUGAAGUAAAUGUGGAACGCAUGUUUGUUUUGAUCCGAAAUACAGCAGUAAUAGAGUAAUAAUAUUCAUUUACGUUUAAAUUAUGCAAAAUAAAUCUAA